UAAAGCAUAGGGAAGCAUUGUAAAGCACAGAGAGGUCUGGUAAAGCGUAGGGAACAUGCAGAGGGUUGCCUUGACACUUUUUUUCCACGCGUCCAGAUUGGUCCCCGAGGACCAAUUUGAAGAGCCUCCGCGAGGAAGCCCCUGUUUCCGCUCCUAACCCUGACAAAACGUCCCACGAAGCCCAGCUACUCACUCACUUAUUUGCUGUCAGAAACUCAACGCGUGCGAUUUGUAGGUCACAGGCGCUUUUUAGUAUAUAUUGAAAGGGGGGGGUGUAGGACGCCCUCUGAAGAGAGAGAAGGAGAGAGACAAAGACACACACACACACACACACACACGCACACACACACACACACACACACGCGCGCAUGUGAGCGAGAUAUACCGGUCCAGGAAUCUGUGCUCGCGUUGAGAAGCCGAGCCAGUGAAACAUUACUUAUAAAUUUCACGUUGUGCUUUUUCUGUGUCUCUAUCUUUACUCUCUUUUCAGUUUGUUUAAUGUUUACUGGUAGAAGCUGCCAUGCAAGACUGAGACAAACAAAGACAAACACAAACCAAAAAACUGUCUGCCUCACUGCAACGCCCUGCUUGGAUAUAUAUACACGCAUAUAUGUAGAGACAAUAUUCAGAAGAAGAAAAAAAAAUAUUCUGGAUCUUUUUUUUUUUUUUUUUUUUUUGUCCUGCAAAAAAACCAAAAGAUUUGCAUUUGUAAUAGUUGCAAAAAAAAAAAAAAUUCCCACACAUGCCCUAAUCCACAAAUGGGAAACUGCUGUCUCCAUGGACGAUCUAGCAAGGAAGCUGUAAAAAACUAUGAAGAAAUGACGAGAUACCCAUGUAACCCUGCAGGACUUUUUGCAUUACUGUUUGUGAUAACGGGUUACACCAAACCGGCAAAGGGCGUGCCGCUGCGCCCUGUCUGUGACCCCCGAGUGAUGGACAGGUUCGUCAAAGAGGCGAGAGACGCGGAGAACGCAGUGAGCGAGAGAAAAGAAGCGUGUGUUUUACCAGAAGAUCUCAGGCUCCCCAAUAGCAGAGUGAAAGUGGAGGAGGUUCACGCGGGGCUCUCUCUGUUGAGCCAGGCGAUGCUGGCCGCCCACGGCCACGCCACCAGCAGAGCCACGCGGCAGCAUUUAGAGACGGCCCACAGCAACCUGAGAAGCAUAGCCCAGAUCCUGAAGAGCCUCAACAUGCAGGAGAUCAGCUCUUCAGACUCUCGGCCCUGGAGAACCAUCGCCGUCCGAAGUAUAGAAGAGCUCUUGCGGGUUCAUACAAACUUCUUACGAGGGAAGGUCAAACUGCUGCUGAGCGCCGCCGAGGCGUGCCAGCCGGAGAGAAGCUGAUGGGGGGGGGUCUGACCGCAGUGGACAGUGCAGACACGGCUCAAGCAGAAUUUCAGCUCGGAGACAAAGGAACGGGAAGCCUGCCGAUGACAUUUGGGGUGGGGAGGGGUCAAGGUCCAGCACCUCUAUUUGGAGAAGGUGUUGGAGGAGAAGAGUCAGUGUUGAUGUGGCCCGGGCAAGCAUGUAGCCCUGUCAACGACUCGGUUGUGGAAACACACAGCGUGUACUUUCUGCAGAUAACAACGCAGCCAGUUUAAAUAUUGACAGGCGUUUCCUCAUAUCCUAAAACUUUACAAGUUCAUGAGAAACUGGCUUUACGCAGCUCUCUCUCUCUCUCACU